UCUGUGGUAUCUCUUAUUGGUCUGUGUUAAAAACCAAUUAAAAACUUAUAAAAGCAUGCGUUCUAUAAAAGGUUAUUUAUUUUGUAUUUGAACUUGUCGCAAGUCUGACGUUAUAGUUUUACGGUGUUUUGUGAGAAGUUGUUUAUUAUUAGAGAAUAUUUCAUAUUAAAUCGCUAUGAGUUCUUUAGCAACCAGUUCUAGUAAUGCUAAGCAUUCUAUACCUAUUGACAUUUUAGAUGACUUGUGCAGCCGUUUUAUUAUUAAUCUCCCGCCCGAAGAUAGAGGAAAUUUAGUGCGGAUAUGUUUUCAAAUUGAGCUAGCUCAUUGGUUCUACUUGGAUUAUUAUUGCACAGACGAAACCAAGCUGAACCCCUGCGGUAUUAGGGAAUUUGCCGCACAUAUAUUUCAACAUGUACCACAACUCAGAGAGCAUAUAGGCAGCCUUGAUGCCGUUCUAGGAAACUGGCGGGAAUACAAACAGACAGUACCUACUUAUGGUGCAAUACUUCUAGAUACAGAUCUAACACAUGUAUUGCUUGUCCAGUCUUAUUGGACUAAGGCUUCAUGGGGCUUUCCUAAGGGGAAAGUCAAUGAAGAUGAAGAACCUUGGAAGUGUGCUGUUAGAGAAGUACUGGAAGAGACAGGGUUUGAUAUAAGUAAAUUAAUCAAUAAAAAUGAUUAUAUUGAAGCUAUGAUUCAUGAACAAAUAGUACGUCUUUAUAUUAUAGGGUAUAUACCACGAGAAACUAAAUUUCAGCCAAAAACAAGAAAUGAAAUAAAAGCGUGUGAGUGGUUCCCAUUAGCUGAUUUGCCUGCAAACAAGAAAGAUAUGACACCUAAAGUGAAAAUGGGCGUCAGUCCAAAUGCUUUUUUCAUGGUGCUACCAUUUGUGAAGCGUAUGAGGCGUUGGGUCUCUGAACGUAAUCCAAAAGUAUUCAGUAAUAGUACGAGACGUACAAGACAUAAAUCCAUGGGAGACAUUGAAUCAUCAUCAAGUAAGAGUAAGACAAAAACUAUAUCUCAAGGCUUACAAAAUGAAAUCCAGGAGUACCAGCAGCAAAAUCCCAGUCAUAAACAUAAGAAUCUCAGUCAUAGCAGUAGUAAUAAUAGCCAGGCACACCAUCAUAUUCACUCGAAUCCUAUACAUGUGCAUAGUAGCACUCAGAUCCCUAGCACAUCCAAAUCUAUCCACAUUCAGCAGUCUAGUAAUAAGAAGGAACGUAAAGUUGCAAAACGACAGCUAUUUACUCCUCAGAAUACUCGUACAGAUAGCUUUUCACCAGUACAAAAAGAAAGUGCUAGUAAUGAGGCUACAGAUGACUUAAGUGUUUAUUUAGAUUUCGUGGCUCCUUCUUGGGCUAAUUUCAAGUUUAAUAGGCAUGCUAUAAUGGAGUGCCUAACUUGAAAUGGUUAUGUGAACGCAGCAAGGUUUAACUUUUGUAUUAAAGUUUUUGUUUCCUUAAGUUUUCUUAAGAACAAUUGACUUGAAAGUUGCAAUAGAUUUGUUAUUAUAAAUAUAUUGCAUAGAGUGAAUUUUGUAGUUUUAUUAAUUCUCUUGCAAUUUUUAUAAAAAGAAAGCA